GCGCAUUUGACGCUCCAGCUCCCUGCUCGCUUGGGCUGUCAGAACGGUGCGGGGCUCGCUGACUGCUGGGGGUAGAAACUACAAAUUUGAAGAGGUUUUGAUUACACUACUGUUUAAGAAGGAUUCUCGACCUGAAGUGAUGUAAAAUGAAUGAGCAAGGCGAAUCUCCUAAUGAAGCUUUCAUAUGACUGAUUGUUUAUGGUGGAGUUAAUGGAAAAAAGAAAAUGUGGAGCUGGGACCAAUACUUGCAUGAAGAGAAAGCUGAAGCUGUGGCAGCCAAGCUGUUCACAGAGUAUCAAACUUUCCCCACAAAUAAAAAUGGAUUCAAAGUGGGGAUGAGAUUGGAAGGAGUUGACCCCCUUCACCCAUCUAUGUUUUGUGUGCUCUCAGUUGCAGAGAUUCUUGGCUAUCGCAUUAGACUUCAUUUUGAUGAUUACUCAGACUGUUAUGAUUUUUGGGUUAAUGCUGAUUCAUUUGGUAUUCGCCCAGUAGGGUGGUGUGAGAAAACUGGACACAAGCUUCAUGGUCCUAAAGGUUAUAAGGAAAAUGAGUUUGAGUGGUCAACUUAUUUGCAGGCUUGUAAUUCUCCUUCAGCACCAAAGAAUCUUUUCAAGAACCACAUUAAUUCAAUUUUGUCAAGUGACAUCCAAGUAGGCAUGAAGUUAGAAGCUGUUGACCGGAAAAAUCCAUCACUGAUAUGUGUUGCAUCAGUUGCAGACAUUGUAGAUGAUUACUUACUAGUGCACUUUGACAACUGGGAUGACACAUAUGAUUACUGGUGUGAUCUUAGCAGUCCACAUAUCCACCCAGUAGGCUGGUGUCAGAAAAAUGGAAGACCUCUUACUGCACCUCAGGGCCAUCCUAGGCCAGAGCGUUUUUUAUGGGAAGAAUAUUUACAAGAAACAAAUACAUUAGCAGUUCCUGGCAGUGUGUUUAAACAGAAAAAACGUCAUGGGUUCACGUCUAAACUGAAGCUAGAGGCUGUGGAUAAGCGUAAUCCCAUGCUAAUACGUGUUGCCACCAUAGUGGAUGUUGAUGAUUAUAGAAUAAAGAUUCACUUUGAUGGCUGGAGUUCCAAGUAUGAUUAUUGGGUUGACUCAGACACUCCUGACAUUCAUCCAGCUGGCUGGUGCCAAAGGACUGGUCACCCAUUAGAACCACCUCUUCGGCCUCCAGAUUUAAAAUCUCAUGCAAACCAGGGUAUGUGUCCAACGCCUGGCUGUAAAGGAGUCGGGCACAUUAAAGGCUCACGAUUUACUGGACAUCACAGUGCCUUUGGCUGUCCUUACUCUGAGAUUAACAUGAAAAAAGAAGCAACUCUUCAGGAUCGUCUUGGGGGAGAGAAACAAAUUACCCUGGUCCCUGUUCAUUUUGUAUCAAAAACGAAACGCCAGUUCAGUGAUGACACAGAUCAAAAGGCAAAGGAAUCUGAUGCAUUUAAAAACUGUCAAGAGUCCAAGUACAAUGGAUCCAGUCGUUUAAGAGCAAGGCACUCUGCUCCUCAACAUCUCCCAAGCUGUGCCAUGGAAGAAGACGACCAGUCCUCAAUUAAUACAAGGGAUCUUCGAUCACAAGGAAAUAAACUGUUGACUCCACCAGUGAAAAAGUCAAAGCUACAAAGAGGACUUGCUCAGUCGGAGAAGUACCUGAAAACAAAAGAUGAAGAAGAUGAUAUUGACUUGCACAGUCUGCUCAGAGACUGCAAUGUAGACAGCAUGCAGCAAGCUCUCCACCAAUCUGUCUUCUUGUCAGCCAUGUCUACCCACCCAGGUCGUGACCUCCCCCUUUGCUGGGAGCAACACUGCAAGCUCCUGCCUGGAGUAGCUGGAGUUGAAGCUAGUCGGGUUGCACAGUGGACUGUUGAUGAGGUGGCAAGCUUUGUACACUCACUCCCUGGUUGUGAAGAACAAGCGAAGCUGUUCAAAGAAGAGCAAAUUGAUGGGAAAGCAUUCCUUCUGCUCACUCAAGCGGACAUUGUGAAAAUCAUGAGUGUCAAACUGGGUCCGGCUCUGAAGAUCUAUAACUCCAUCCUGAUGUUUAAAAAUGCCGAAGACGUUUUAAAAAGAGAGGCACAGCCAGGAAAUGAAGAGCCUGGCAUGUGACGGGGCUCUCCUUCCCUGCCAACCAGGCCUGUUAAAAAUCCACCCGCAUACUUGGUUUAAUGUUGAAAGGUACUGCGGGUACAGUAAGUGACAAGAAAGUAAUUCCCAUUCAGAUGUCAACAUAUUUGCUUUUACAUAUUUGUAAAUUGUACAAAAUGUAAGACUUUUGGAAUCCACUUCCAUUUGUUAUGUGCUUCCAGUGCCCAUAGAGUCAUAGGGUAUAUGGAAGUACAUUGGUGCAUUAUUUAUUACAAAAUUUUAAUACAAAAUAAGCAGAAGUGUGGACAACUGACAAUCAUUAAGCAGCAAGGCCUUUUAGGUUCUUGGCUUUCUUCAUAUUAUCUGAUUCUUUUCGGUGCUAUUUAUAAACACACACACUUGCAAACCAAUAUACAGAGUUUGUAAAAAAUAAAUAAAUAAUAGGGAAGUAAUUAACCAGUGCUAUUUAUUUUGAAAAUUGUUAAUACAUUUUAGUAACAGCGAAAUUAAUCUAACAAAAAAUAUUUUAAAUUAAAGGUAUUUUAUUUGUCUUGUAAAAUUAACAGAGUAAUAUUAAUUAUAUCCACAUCUAUAUUAAAUUAUCAGUACAUUUUUUGUUAUAUACUUUAAAAAAAUAGUUUUAUUAAAUUAACUAUGUGCGUAUAUGUAUAUUUACAUAUAUAAAUAGUACAUACACCCAUAUAUGUGUGUGUGUGUAUGUACUGUAUAUGUGUGUAUUAUAAACAGAGAGAGGCUCAUUAUGUUCUUUUCGUGUACAAAGUCUGAACAGUUAAGAAACGCGAGUCCAUAGGUUACCUCAAUUGCUGGAUAUUUCACAAACGUGUGUGUACACACACAUCCUCACAACGCCUUGGGCUUAAAUACGCUGUCAUUGACAGAGUACAGGAAAUCCAAAAUGCUGUUGCCCCUCAAGAAAAAUGACAGUUUUCUUCCCACAAUUUAAUUAUUCCACUGCUAGCUGUUACAAUUUAAUAAGACUCCUUGACUGGCACUUUGAUAUCGACUGAUUAUUAGUUUAGAAGGUUGAAUUUCUAAAGCCUGUACUUUAAAGCCAGCUAUCAUUACAGAUGAUUACCGAGUACUGUACCUCUGUUUGAAAUACUUAAAUAGAGGGGCUAAAGCUUUAACCAUGCCGCUGUAAAUCACGGUCGUUUCCCUUCAUGGUUUCACAAAUUAGAUUCCUGGCACAGGGCUACUAUAUUUCUCUGAGCAGUGU